CACCCUUGUAAUUAUUCCGAUUUCUUGCAUUUUUUAAAAUUCUUUUUGGGUUAUUAUCUUUUUUAUUUGCAUAUUGAGGAUUAGCGUUAUUAAAAAUCAGCUAUAUCUCUGCAUUAAUUAAGAUUAUUAAAUCCGAUAUCUUUUAAAUUCAGAGCAAUCCUCAAGAUAUCGAGCAAUAAAGCUAGGGUUUUGUCGUGCUAUUUCUUCUGGGUUUUGAUUUUUAGGGUUAGAUCUUCACUUUAUGGUGAUUGCUCUUUCUUUUCCUGAUAUAGAAGAAAUUAGAGUAACUAUUUCAUUGUUUUUCAGGUUUUGGGUUUAUUUGGCCUCUAACUUAUGAGUAGGUUUUUUUUGUCUGUUAUUUUGUUUUUGGCUUAAUUCUAUUUUAGGACUGAAAUUCAAUAUAUUUGUAAAUCAAAGAAUUUUCUGGUAAUUCUGAUACUUUUAAAAGCUUGGGAUUUUAGUAAGUUAUUUUAUUUCAGGUGUUGAGGAGUGCCAUCAUUUUUGUUUGUUGAAUCUGUUUUGCAUGAUCAACUUGCUUGGAAUGUAUAUUUCAGUUUUUCUAGCUUAUUUUCUGUCCUUUCAUUUAGAUAAUGAUAAUCAAUUUUUUGAAGUAAAGGAAUUUAUGGUUCUCUUUGGGAGAGCAUUUUUCUAGAGAUGCUGAGAAUUUAUUGAACUCUGUAAAAUUGCAGUUAUAUCCUCUGUAGAUCACUCUAUUCACCCUCUUUUCCUUUAGGGGAGGAGAGUUUAAUCAUUGAUGGUUCUUUGUUGUACGUUUGAAUAUACAAUUUGCUUUCAGUUACAUCAUAGAAGGUUUCUAUUCAGAUAUCAUCUUGAAGCUUCACUCUUGUUCUAGAUGGAACAGAAAUUGUCAGUAUGUUACAAAGUCUUCUGUUUUUGGUGGUUUUGCAUCUGAUGCACCAUGACGCUUGAGGAUUUUUUUACCCUGACUGAGAUGAAAGAUGGGCUUACAGCCCCUUCACGAGUUGAGGAACUACUAACAGUAAUGAAGAAGGAGAAAGAUUCUGUUGUGAAGAAUGUCGGUGAUGCAACCAGGCAGUGGACUGCUGUAGCAAGCACAAUUGCUGCCACCGAGAAUAAAGAUUGUCUCGAUCUUUUUAUUCAACUAGAUGGACUCUGGUUUCUUGACAGAUGGCUCAAAGAUGCUCAAGAAUUGGGUAAUGACUCAAGUGACAGUUUUGUGGAAGAAUCAAUUUCUGCACUCCUACGAGCACUUGAAAAGUUGCAUAGAAAUAAUGAGAGGUCUAUUUCUUCAGAGAUCUGGAUUACGGUCAAGAAUCUUCUUGGCCACAAUAGCUCUCGAGUUCAGGACAGAGCUAGGUUACUCUUUGAUAACUGGAAACGAGUUAAAGUUACAGAUGAUGUUCAUGAUGUUGUUGAUAGUGGUGGACAUGACUAUUGGACUUCGGACGGUGCAACUGUUACUGGAGAAGGUAGUGAGCCAGAAUGUUUUGCCAAAGAUGGUCCUGUUUCAAAAGGAAGUGCCCAUGAAGAAAAUGAUGGAGCAGAUGCAGCAAAAAAUGAAAAACUUCCUCCAAUCAUAGAUGCUGUUCAACCAGAAAGUGCUAAAGAUUUACACAUUGAAACUGCUAAUGAUAAGCUCGAGUCCCACAUAAAUUCAGAUCAUUCACAAAUGGAAAACAGAUCUCCAAAUCAUAUGGCCCCCUCUUUUGUGUCAAAUCCUGUACAAGAAAACUCUUCCAUGAAGGAAGAGCUCCCAGAAACAACAGUGGAAGAAACUGCCUCCCUUGAGGCCUGCAGUUUACCAGAUCCAAAGCAAGAAAAUGUUGAAGUUUCAGAUGCUCAGAAGUUGAAUGGGCUAUCAAGUGAUGAAAAGCAGUUGGAUGCAACAGUUUUUAACUCAUGUACUAUGGAACAUGUACUGGUUUCUUCUGGUGCUGGUGUUGGAAGUGCUCAGGAGGCUACAGAAGAACCUAAUUCGCAAAAUGAGUCUGAAGCCAACAAGAGUGAUGAUAGGACACCUAUAUCUGAGCCAAAGAAGGCAAUGGGUGAUAUGGGGGCUAUGAAUCAUUCGGGCAAUGGUUCACAGCUAUUCAAGAUUGCAGGUCAAGACACUGAGUCUCAUUCAGGCUUGUCACGGAGUUCCUCUGACAAUGGAUUCAUCUAUAGAAAGCCUGGGGAUCUGAAGACUGCCUUUUCUGGGAUGGGGGACACUGGAACAGCGGAAAAAGAUAAGGAGAAUUGUGGAAUUGAGGAUUUGAGGGGUGGUUCCAGGUUUACCCAUAGUCCUGAUGUGAUUGAUACGAGAAUGUCUGAUAUUGAGCUUGAGUAUGGCAUAGUUGAUGCUCUAGAAGUUGCCCGAAAAGUUGCUCAAGAAGUGGAGCGAGAAGUGGUAGAUGACAGAGAGCCUUCCUUUAGCUCUUCAGAGAAGAUUUCUGAAGGUGGAAUUCGGCAACCCAGUACCGAAGGAUCAAUGAAUGAAAAGCAAGACCUACCUACUGAAAUCUUACCUAAGGAGGUCUCAGUUGGACCCAAUCAGUCUGCUGGAGCAUACACAGAGGGGGACCAGCACAUAAUUAAUUCACAUAAUGCUGACAAUGAACCAGAAAAUAGAUUGCAUGACAUGGAGUCCUCUCAGGUGACUGUGGCUCAAGAACCUAAAAAUAACACCGAGAAAAGCCUAUGUAAUUUUGAUCUGAACCAAGAAGUCUGUUCUGAUGAUAUGGAACGUGCAGUGAUCUCCACCCCCAUUUCAGUGGUUUCUGCUUCAAGGGCGGCAGCAGCUCCUGGCUUACCUGCAGCUCCUCUGCAGUUUGAGGGGGCUCUUGGAUGGAAAGGAUCUGCUGCCACAAGUGCUUUUCGUCCAGCAUUGCCUUGCCGAAACUCUGAUGGUGAUAAGACUCUAUUCAUUGCAGGAACAAGCGGUAGCUCAAAACAAAGGCUUGGUUGCCUUGAUUUCGAUCUUAAUGUUGCCGAGGCUGGUGAUGAAAAAGUUGCUGAACUAAUGUCAGUGAAACAGGUUACAGCCUCAUCUGGCCUCCAUUCUGCAGAAUCUUCAAUUGAAGUGAGUCCUAGAAAAUCCGAGAAACUUGAGCUGGAUUUAAAUCGUAUCAGUGAUGAUGGUGAUACUCCAGCAUUAGAUUCAAGAGUAGAAGGACGACUCUUUUACAACAAGAAUGGGCAUCGUAGCCCAUCACCCGCUUCAUCAUCAUCAUCAGUGCAGCCUUCUCUGAGGAACAUUGAUUUGAACGACAGACCUUAUAGUCAUAAUGAUGCUUCAGAACAAGGGCCUUAUCAUGGUAGAUAUUCCCGAAAUGUAAAUGCAUAUGGAGGGCCUAAACCAAAUGAUCCUUUUAUUUCUAUAAUGGGUACUAGAGUGGAAGUCAAUAGGAAGGAUUUUGCUUCUCAGGUUGCAUCCUUAGCAAAUGGCAAGGGUCUUGAGCCUGCAACCGAUGGAAGAAGCAUCACAAGAACUGGAGGGUUUAUGGGGUUGGGUCCCACUUUGUCGUAUACACAUUCUCCUGCUUUUAGCUAUAAUGGACUAACUAUGGCGCCGACGAUGUCCUUUUCUUCUACCAUUUAUGGGGCUAGUGGCUCAAUACCCUAUAUGGUCGAUUCAAGAGCACCUGUUGUGCCUCAAAUUUUGGGCUCGACAUCAGCUGUUCCUCCACCUUACUCUCAACCACAGUUCAUUAUGAGCAUGAGCAAUGCACCUGUUAGUUUAAAUGGUUCAGGCCCCUCACGGCCUAAUUUCGAUCUGAAUUCUGGAUUAGCAAUUGAGGGAGGAAAUAGAGAUUCCAUGGGUUUAAGGCAGCUUUUCUUGCCUGGUCCAGGCAGGUCAGUAGAAGAGCAAUUGAGGGCAAACUCACAACCCUCCUCUAGUUCUGGGAUUGGAGGGAAGAGGAAGGAAGCAGACGGUGGAUGGGAGCCAUACCCAUUUAACUACAGACAGCAGCAAUUUCCACGGAGGUAGUGAGUUCAUGUUUAUGUUGCUCCUUCCUCUUUUUGGGAUCAGUUCAUAAGUUCAAGCUAAUUGAUGCUUGCAUUGCCAAUGAUACCUGGAAAAUCAAGAGCCCAUUGGCUUUCGUGGGAGGGGAGUUGAACUGAAUAAAACAGGGAAAUUACGAAUGUAAUAUGAUUCAUGAGAUUGAUUGCCGAAGGGGGGAAAAUUAGGUUUCAAUUGUUUAAGUUUUGGCUUAUUUUCUUGUUUUUCUUUUCUGUGUUCCAUAGAAGGCCAUUGCAACCAUAGAAGGCUUGGUACAUGUAGUUGUAACUUAAUUUCCAUAUAUGUCAACAAAAGUUAAAAAAA